AUAGAAAACUCGUUGAGCGAGAUGGCAGAGGAUACUGAAUAUAAGAAGCUUCCGGUUGAUGAACGUUGUGUUCAUAAACUUUGGAAGGCUCGAGUUGAUGGAUACGAAGAAGCUGCAAAAAUUUUCCGGGAAAUCGACGACGAAAAGUCUCCCGAGUGGAUGAAGUUUGUUGGUCUGAUUAAGAAAAUGGUUGUUGACUCCAAUGCCAUGGCCCAGGAGAAGGGUUUAGAGGCUGCUUUAAUUUUUGUAGAAAACUGCGGUCAUGCUGGCAAGACGGUUGGCGAUGUUAUGUCUGGCAUUGUGCAGAAAUGCAUAGCCGCACCAAAGACUAAGACAAAGGAACUAUCGGUUCAAGUUACCCUCAUGUACAUCGAAAUUGAGAAGCAUGAAGCUGUUCUAGAGGAACUGGUAAAGGGAAUGGAACAUAAGAAUCCAAAGAUCGUAGCAGCUUGUGUAGCUUGCACAACGCUAGCAUUAAAGGAGUUCGGCAGUAAAGUGAUCAGUGUAAAACCUCUUAUUAAGAAACUGGCGCCUUUAAUGAGUGACCGUGACAAAACUGUACGUGAGGAAGGAAAACAGUUGGCCAUUGAAAUAUACAGGUGGAUUGGCCCUGCUAUGAAACAACAAAUUUCGUCCCUUCCGCAGGUGACAAUCAAAGAAUUGGAGGAUGAGUUUGACAAACUGAAAGGAGAAAAGGCUGAACCUUCGCGCUAUUUGAAGUCACAACAGGAAAAACAACAACAAAUAUCAGCAGCUGCAGCAGAAAAUAAUGACAAUGGAAACGAUGAUGAUGUUGAUGCCGGCGGCGAGGAAAUAGAUCCAAUGGAUCUCAUAGACCCGGUUGAUAUACUGUCCAAAAUGCCCAAAGAUUUUUAUGAAAAACUAGAAGAGAAGAAAUGGACGUUGCGCAAAGAAUCAUUGGAAGCUCUUGAGAAACUUCUGACGGAGAAUCCUAAACUCGAAAGCGGUGACUAUGGAUCAGUGGUGACGGCGCUAAAGAAAGUAAUCACUAAGGAUUCCAAUGUGGUAUUGGUAGCCAUGGCUACCAAAUGUCUAGCCAUGCUAGCCAAGGGAUUGGGAAAACGAUUUUCGCCUUAUGCGAUGGCUUGCAUACCAUCACUAUUGGAGAAAUUUAAGGAGAAAAAAGCAAAUGUUGUUACUGCUCUUCGUGAGGCAAUGGAUGCUAUUUAUCCUUCGACAAAUUUAGAAGCUAUGCAGGAACAUAUUGUAGAAUCAUUGGGAAAUAAAAACCCCAGCGUAAAGUCGGAAACGGCUGCAUUUUUGGCCAGAGCGUUUGCAAGAACGCAGCCUGCUUCUAUUAAUAAGAAAAUGCUGAAACUGUUUAUAUCGACUUUAAUAAAAACACUAAACGAAUCUGAUCCAACUGUAAGAGAUUGCUCCGCGGAUGCCAUUGGAACUCUUUUAAAACUGAUGGGAGAAAAGCAGGUUGGACCAUUCUUGGUUGAUGUUGACGCACUAAAAAUGGCGAAAAUUAAGGAGUGCCAAGAAAAAGCCGAAAUCAAAGUGAAAAUAGCUGGAGCUAAAAAGGAGAGGCCAGCAUCGGCCCCUACGCCAGCUCCCCCAACCAAGUCAUCGGCUUCAACGACAACCUCCGCUCCCAAGGGCGGGUCUACCGAACCGAAGCCUGUAAGCAGACCUGCAACUGCUGGAGCUAAAAAGCCAGCACCAAAAAAGACUAGCGCAAGUGGCGGGACGGGAGGAGCUCCUUUGUCAAAGAGUGCAAGUGCCGUUAAAGUAUUAGCCACGGAACGGGAGAUGGCACCCGAAGAAAUUCAAGGUAAAGCAGAAGAACUUUUAUCCCCUGCAAUUCUUUCGGGAUUGAUCGAUUCGAAUUGGAAAAAUAGAUUGGCGGCAGUGGAAAGUUUGUUGCAAGAGAUACCAGGUUUCGAUAGCAAAACACCUGGUUUAUCUCAGGUAUUAAUUAGAACUAUAAGCGGACGUAAACCCGGUCUAAAAGAAAUGAAUUUCCAAGUAUUGAAAUUCAAAUUGGACAUUAUACGCACGAUUUCGGAGACGUGCCCUGUUACUACAACCACAAUAGACGUUGUGGUCAAUGAAAUAACUGAGAAGCUGGCGGAUGUCAAAAAUGGAGGUGCUGCAGCGGAUGUCUUGACAGCUUUUGCCGAAGCCACCAAGCUCGAGUACGUUGUGGGCAAAGUGCUGUCGUUUGCGUUCGAACAAAAGUCUCCCAAAGUUCAAUCAGAGGCUAUUAACUGGGUGAAUAAGUCUGUUCUAGAGUUUGGAUUCCAGAUACAACCAAAACUACUCAUCGAAGAUGUCCGAAAAGCUGUACAAAGCACCAAUCCUACUGUAAGAACAGCUGCAAUUGGUCUAGUCGGAACCAUGUCCAUGUAUAUGGGAAAUGCCCUGAUGAUGUUUUUCGAUGGAGAAAAGCCGGCGCUUAAGUCUCAAAUACAGGCGGAGUUUGACAAGAAUGUUGGAGAGAAGCCGCCAAAACCAAUUAGAGGGGUAAAGAAAUCCGCUACAAGUGGUUCUACAACAGGCGAUGGUGAUGCAGAUGCCGAUACAUGUGCAGACGAAGAAGAAGAUCAAGAACCAAUGAACAUAGCAGAUUUGUUGCCCAGAGUAGAUAUUUCUCCCCAAAUAACAGAAUCUUUGUUAAAGGAAAUGUCCGACAAAGAUUGGAAAGCAAGGAAUGAAGGCCUCAACAAACUUCAAAGCAUAAUAAGUGAGGCAAAACUGAUAAAACCCAAUAUUGGUGAUCUGGCGCCUGCUUUAGCGUUGCGUUUGUUAGAUUCGAAUGCUAAAAUAGCUCAAACUGCGUUGGCAAUUUGUGAGCAAUUGGCCAAUGCAAUGGGACCAGGUUGUAAGAACCACGUUAGAGUACUUUUUCCAGGUUUUUUGCAUGCCUUGGGGGACAGCAAGAGUUUCGUCCGAGCAGCAGCACUUAAUUGCAUAAAUAGUUUCGGGGAAAAAGGCGGUUACAAAGAGUUCUUCGAAAAUGAAAUGAUUGCUGAUGCAUUAAAAACGGGAUCGCCAACACUGAAAUCGGAGUUGUGGGCUUGGUUGGCUGAGAGACUACCCCAAAUGCCGCCCAAGAGUAUUCCAAAAGAUGAACUUACAGCUAUGGUUCCCCACUUGUAUGCCCACAUAUGUGAUCGUAAUGCCGACGUUCGUAAGAACUCUAACGAAGCUGUUCUGGGUGUAAUGAUUCAUCUGGGAUUCGAAACUAUGGUUAAGGCAUUGGACAAACAAAAACCUGCUUCCAAGAAAGACAUACAGGCGGCGUUAGAUAAGGCCAGACCUAAUCUGCCCGUGAAGCCCUUGCCAAAAGGUAAGCAGCAAGCGCCUAUUAUAGAAGAUACUAAAAAGUCUAUACGCGGUGGUGGCGGUACAGGAGCCGCUUCUGCUGGGACCCAAAAAGGUCCGGCAAGUAAGAUCGCAGCAGCUUCAAAAAGUGGCAGUUCAUCGACGUCUCGAAAAAAGGAAGAAGAUGUUGAUACGUCCCCCCUAUUGGCCGUCAAUAAUACUAAAAAUCAACGACUCAUUGACGAGCAAAAAAUGCGUGUACUUAAGUGGACAUUUACAACGCCCAGAGAGGAGUUCAUCGACUUGUUGCGAGAACAAAUGACAACGGCUAAUGUCAACAAGGGGCUAAUGGCUAACAUGUUCCACGACGACUUUAGAUACCACUUGAAAGUUAUAGAAUCGCUUAUGGAAGAUUUGCCCCAAAAUCCGAAGGCUCUGAUUUGUAACUUGGAUUUAAUUCUAAAGUGGCUUUCUUUACGCUUUUAUGAUACCAACCCUUCAGUGUUGAUAAAGGGCCUUGAGUAUCUACAACAAGUGUUUUUGGCGUUAGUUGAACACGAGUACAUUUUGGCGGAGAAUGAGGGCAGCUCUUUUAUUCCCCACUUGUUAUUAAAGCUCGGCGACCCGAAAGACGCUGUGCGUAAUGGAGUGCGAUCUUUGCUGAGGCAAAUACUACUGGUUUAUCCAUUUGCCAAAGUAUUUGUCUAUGUGAUGGAAGGUCUAAAGUCAAAGAAUGCUCGCCAACGCACGGAAUGCCUGGAUGAAUUGGGCUACUUAAUUGAAACCUACGGUUUAACAGUAUGCCAGCCAUCGCAACAAGUGGCACUAAAAGAAAUCGCCCGUCAUAUAUCGGAUCGCGACAACAGUGUACGCAAUGCAGCCCUCAACUGCGUAGUUCAGGCUUACUUCUUAGCUGGAGAAAAGAUAUACAAACUCAUCGGCCAAAUGAACGACAAGGAUUUGUCUAUGCUAGAUGAGCGUAUUAAACGAGCCAAAAAACCCCAGAAGAAAGCUCCCGAGGCAAAUACCACUGUAAAGGCAGCCAACCAAAUAGUCCAACAAGACAGCAUUGAAAUUGACGAUCCCUCGGCAAACGGCUGUGAGGAAUUGCCGCCACCAGAGGAGCACAAUCAAAGUUCUGAUUACGAAGCGAAUGAUGCUAAUAAUUGCUCGUUGGGAGAGAAAGAUGUGCGCGUAACAUCACUCAUACGUCAAGCGACUUUCGACCAACCGAACUCCUCUCCCAUUGCCAAUGUACAAUUGCAGCAACAGCAACCGCCAAAAACAACAGGGCCAUUCGGCUUGGAUCCCAAUAAAAUAGCGGAAAUUGAAAAGGAUUGGGUUCGCGUAGAUCAAAUAGAGAAAGUUGUUGUACCAAAUGUGGACAUUUCAUUACUAUUUGAACCGAUAAAAGUUUUACCAACAAAGGAUGGCGUCAAAUAUCCACAAGAAAAGUUUGAACAACUUUUGGCUCGUUCCCGUUAUAUGCAACAGAAUCAUACAACGCCCCCUCCGUCAUCCGGCAUGGGUGCAGGCAGUGGCGGUGUUAUGGCCAACAAUGUAUCACCCUAUAUGAGUCCCCAGCAACAGCAGCAACAAUUCAACGCAGCUUUGUACCAGCAACCCUUUGGAAAUAAUGCCACCAAUUUGGCAGAUGUAUUGCCUAAGCAUGAUCCCCAUUUGAUAAAAAUUAUUAAAGCAACCAGCAGCACGGAUACAUUGAAGGCCAGGGCGGCUAUCAAUGAACUCCAAGAGAUUAUCGAUUCUCCUGAAAAACAAGCUGUUUUACGCGACUAUGAGGAGAUUUUCAUACAGAAUGUGCUGGCGCAGCUGAAGAAUCUCUCGCAAAUACCUAUUGCAGAAUCGUUGGUCGUAUACCAACCCCUCCUUUCGAUAUUAUACUCAUUUUUCUUAUCGAAGACAUUGGGAAAAACAUUAAGUGUGGCCUGUAUUAAAAAUCUAAUGUCAGUUUUGCUUCACCUGUUGGCUGACCAAAAACUGAAUACGGGCGAUGAUGGUCAGUACAAUAAAGUCAUCAAUGGUAUAUGUGUCAAGGUGUUGGAUAAGUCCAACUUCACGAAUAUGAACUGUGCUCUAAUACGUCUCUUACGUGAAACAUGCCCCGAAGCGGGUCUACCGAAAUUCACAGACCUGUUGAUGAAAUGUAUAUGGCGCAAUGUUAAAACGUUACCAGAACGAAGCAACGAACUUAACUAUGAUGCCGUAAUGUUGGAAGUCCAUGAAUUCAUGUUAGCCUUACCAAGCUCCUGGUGGCAGACUAGGCCAUCAGAUACCCCCCUAAGAACCGUGAAGACCAUCAUUCAUAAUAUGGCAAAAGUCAAGGGCAACGCCAUACUUCAGCACCUAAAUCAAAUUCCAACACAUUCAGAACUCCACGCAUACCUUAUAAAAAUCCUGAAGAAUCUACAGAAGGAAGGGCAUUUACCGAGCUCGUCGCCACAGCGUUCCGUUUCUUCCAAAGAUCUAUUGGCCAAACAACGCAUUUCAAAUCAGGCUCACGAAACUAUGUCGCAGAUCUUCAAAUUAAUAUCUGACAAGGAGACAAAACAGCAGGGUCUGAACAAAUUGUACGAAUUUAAGAUGAAAAAUCCAGAAAUCGAUGUAUCAACUUUCCUUAAAGGAGCCAGUCCAAGCUUCCAGAAAUAUAUUGAGGAAGGUUUAGCAGAAAUUCAACGCUCGGCCGGCGACGGCAAUGCAUCUCAAGCCCCUUUAACAUCUCAAUUGAGCGAUAAUCGAUUGGGUAAGUUCGAAAAACAAAGCAUGCGCUCCUCGUAUCUAACAGAUGCCAAUUUCCAAAACCAACAAUCCCCUGCUAUAUCAGAAAGCUCCUCCGGGGUCAAGCCAGAUCCGGACUUUUGGAUGGACAGAUUAAACCACUUGAGAGCUAAGGCCAAUUUGGCUCCUCAUCGUAAUGCAGAUGGCAGCAUUGUAGGCAGCAAUUCUCACUUCUCAAUGAUGGACAAUAAAGUGAUGGAUGAAAAUCUCAACUUGAAUUCCAUGAAUGCCCAAAAGGUGUCAGUAAUGAGGAGGGAUAAACCAGAAAUGUCUCCGAAUCGUUUGCAACACAUACAAGCCAAAUUGGCCCAAAUAAAGAAGGAAAGUCACACCUAGAUCCAUCCACAAUGAACAUUUAAUAGGAUUUAUAGCCAG